AUGAACACGAUCAGAUCUACCUGGGUGGGCUGGGGCGCCCUCUGUGUCGCCGGCGGCGGAGCCUACUACUUCGCAAAGCAAUCCAUUAACGCCGACCGCCAGUCCCGAUUCGACGCCGAGGUCAAGCGCAAGGCCCAAAUGAAGGCUAUGGAAGAAGAGCAUAAGCGCCAGGCCCUGUACGCGCCCAGACCUACUCCAAGCGACGAUGCCAGCCUAAAGCGAGCAAACAUGACCCGGCUGCAGAAUGCCGGUGACGACGUCGCCUCUCCCAGUACCGAAGCUUCCCACGACCCUGCGCCCACCCGUCACGAACCCUUGACUGAGGCCGACCGUGUUCUGGAGAAGGGCAAAUACGAAACGUCGACACCAUACCGACCUCCGGCCGGCAACCGGUUUAGCUGA